AAUCAAUGAAAUAGUAAAAACAUAGGGACCUCAAAGAUAAUGUCACCUAAAAUUAGGCUGGUGAUUUUUGUGGUGUUAAACUUCUCUUGUCACUUAUAAAUCAACCCCAUUUGAUUCAACCCAUCGUAGUUCACAUAUUGAUCAUCAAGUCUAAGAAAAAUCAAGAAAGAAGUUAAAAAAAAAAAAAAAAAAAGAAGAAAAAAAAAAAAAACGAUGGGUUCGAAAUCUAUCCUCAGAGCUAUUUGCUCAUUGUUUUGGAUGUCAUUAGUCACACAAACCAAAGGUGCCAAUUUUAACGUGAAAAAAUUUGGUGCAAAGGCUGAUGGCCAGUUCGAUGAUGGCCAGGCUAUCAUAAGUGCCUGGAAACAGGCAUGUCAAUCAACGGAUCCAAGCAUGGUUGUCGUCCCAGCAGGGACCUACAUGGUUGGUUCAGUGAAGUUCCAGGGUCCGUGCAAGGCACCGGUUACUAUUCAGGCUCAAGGAACUUGGAAGGCUCCAUCAGACAUCAACAAGCUCAAGUCACAGGAUGGUUGGAUCAUUUUCCAAAAUAUUGAAGGGUUGACAAUCUCAGGAGGUGUAACCUUUGAUGGUCAAGGAGCAAUAGCUUGGCAGCAAAAUGAUUGUGCCAAAACUGGAAAAUGCAAUUCAUUACCUAUUAACCUGAGAUUCAAUCAGGUUAAGAAUUCUGUGAUUAAGGACAUAACUUCACUGAACAGCAAGUUGUUUCACAUGAACAUUUUGAACUGCAACAAUCUGACUCUUCGACAUGUCACCAUCAAUGCACCCGAGAACAGCUUAAACACGGAUGGAAUCCAUAUUGGGCGUUCAAAUGGGAUAAAUAUCAGCGACGCCAACAUUAAAACCGGAGAUGACUGUGUCUCACUUGGCGAUGGCUGCCAGCAGAUUAACGUGGAGAAAGUGACCUGUGGACCUGGCCAUGGCAUCAGCGUCGGAAGCCUAGGCAAGUACCACGAUGAACAACCUGUUAACGGAGUUACUGUGAGGAAUUGCACCCUCACCAGCACAAUGAAUGGUGUGAGGGUCAAGACAUGGCCGGCUUCUCCUAGCGGUGUUGCCUCCAACAUGCAUUUUGAGGACAUUAUCAUGAACAAUGUUAGCACACCUAUUUUGAUAGAUCAACAGUACUGCCCAUAUGGUCAAUGCCAACAAAGGGUUCCUUCGCGUGUGAGGAUUAGCGGCGUUAGCUUCAAAAACAUUAGAGGCACCUCUGCAACCAAACUUUCUGUCAAGCUUGUUUGCAGCAAAGGCUUUCCAUGCCAAAAUGUGGAAUUGAGUGACAUUAAUUUGGAAUACCAUGGAAACAAUGGAUCUGCUAUUUCUGAAUGCGCCAACAUUAAGCCCGUACUUUCUGGUAAGAUUUUCCCGCCAAUGUCCCCAUAAUCACUUGGAACAUUGAAGGAAAUGUGUGUGUGUGUGUGUGUGUGUAUAUAUAUAUAUAUAUUUAUAUAUAUAUAUAUCUACAAGGAGAAGAUCAUUUAUUAAUUUUCAUGCACCCCUUCAUGCUUACAGGCAUGAUGAGUUUAUUGGUGUAACUGUUUCUGUAAACAGUCAUUUUUGUUCAAGUAUUCUAAUGUCCAAGCUAUUAAUUAUUCAAUAAAGAUACAGAUUGAUCAUAUUAUA